CAUGCCAGAAAAUGCAGUAGUGACCUUGCGCUACGGACCCUACAGCGCAGUGGGCCUGUCCGUGGAGCACCGCACCUACCGACUGCAGGGUCUGCUAGCCGUGUUGGCCAAAGACGGCCAUAAGAUCAUCCUGCAGGAGAUAGAAGACUGGAAUCUGGUGGAGCUCGUGGUGAACGAGGAGACGGUCUUUCAAUGUGACAUCCAAGACCUGGAGUUUGGGGGUGAUGGCCAACUAGACCCGCUGUGUGAAGAGGCCAGGAUCGCCGUGCUAGACGCCUUCUGAUCCAGGGGAGCAGACAGAACGCCAGCGAUGUCCUCCAGCUACAGCACCAGCAAAAGAUGCUCAGUGGGCACCUAGACGCUGGGCUCUACCAGUUAGAGCAAGGCAAGGCCACCUGUCCAGUAGCCUGUCGCGUUUGUGUUUCUUAUCUGGCUACAUAGGCACCCACAAAAACAAUAAAAACUCCUCCCUGGCAGCGUC